AAAACACAACAACAGCAUACCUUUUCUUCAUCGUCGCCGACGUCUUGGUCAUGGUUUUGGCCUCUUCUUCGGUUAUCGGUGGAUUCCUUGGUGGGAGAUCUGAAAGCCCUCUUCACUGCAGUCAACCAAGAGGAAGUGCUGCCUCCCUUCUUCCCCAUCAAGAAGAGCAGCUGUGGAGUUUUUUUCUCUUGGUGUUGUCCUUGUCUAAGUUAAAAACCCCACAGCUGCAUUUACAGCGAGGCAGGCAGCUUGGGAGGAGAGUAAAGACGGUCAUAAUGAGUGACAGGCAGGCUGUGAGUGACAGAGUGAGUGAGCCAUAUGCAGAUGCAGAGGCGAGGCGAGGGUGGAGAGAUUAAUUAAAUAAAUUAAUUAACUGGGGGAGAGAGCGGGAGACUGGGAUUAUUAUACGGUCAAACUGGUGGGAAAUGGGAAAGUAGAAGUAGAACACCCUCCCUUCUGAUCUGAACGUGGGUGUUUGUUCUUCGCUUUUGGGAAUGGGAAUGGAAUGGAUGGAGGACAAGGAGUGGGGAAGGUGGCAGGAGUUCUUGCUUCUGAGUUAGGUAAUGUGAUUGAGUAGUAAUAGGAACUUUCAACAUUCCAAGUGUUUUGUGAACCCAUGGUUUUGGUUCUAUGUUAAACAACUUGUUUAAAUUGCUUGUCUAUGGGUGUACUCAUGGUUAGUAAAUAUGGCUUACAUUUCUUCGAA